GUAAAACAAAUCGGGAAGCAGAGAGAGAUAUUUCGUUUGUACAGUGAGUUCGCUAGUGUUUAUUGUGUUCGAUAAACCGGCGUCGCCGGUUUCGAGUGUUACGAAGUAAGUGUAGCUUCGUACUAUUGCAACGGGAAUAUGGUCUUUAGUACAAAUAACAGGCUCACACAUGUAUGCAGCGAAUGUUUUUGUUGACCAGUACUGCCAGACUGUUAUAAACUGCCAUGUGGGUUACUGCAUAUAACAGGUUUUGGGACGAUUGAUGGAUACCUGCCACAGUGAGGAUAUCUGUGGGUGACGCGUACUACUCCAGCGGAACAUUUUUGGUAAGAAUUAGGGGUCAGCAUACUUCAGAAUAAAGCAGAUAUCCAUGUGCUGAUUUCCAAGUGUGAUAACUUGACUUCCUGGAAGCCUCUACAGGAGAAAAUGAUUCUUAGAUGACUUCUGUAUAAAUAGCAAGCAGGAAGCUUUGACAAUGGCACCAACAAUCCAAUCCAAUAUUAAUACUGAGCGGGAUCAGCGCCCAGUAAGGCCAGGAGAGAAACGAUCUGAGUUAGUAUGCAGGGUAAAAUAUUGUAAUACUUUGCCAGAUAUUCCGUUUGACCCCAAAUUUAUAACAUAUCCAUUUGAAUCAAUUCGAUUUAUUCAGUACAACCCCACAUCUUUAGAAAGAAAUUAUAAAUAUGAAGUUCUUACAGAACAUGACCUUGGAGUCCAUAUUGAUUUAAUUAAUAAAGAUACAUAUGCUGGUGAUCCUGGAGCAGUCUUGGAUCCUGCAGAUGAGAAGUUAUUGGAAGAAGAUGUUUUAACACCACAAGACUCAAAACGCUCUCGUCAUCAUGCACGAAGUGUCUCCUGGUUGAGGAGAACAGAAUAUAUUUCUACUGAACAAACAAGAUUUCAGCCUCAGACUAUGGACAAAGUAGAAGCGAAGGUUGGUUACAGCAUUAAGAAAAAUUUCAAGGAUGAAACACUUAUUAUGGACCGGGAUAGUCAAAUUAAAGCAAUUGAGAAGACAUUUGAGGAUUCUAAGAAGCCCAUUGAGAAGCAUUAUAGUAAACCAAAUGUUGUUCCUGUAGAAAUACAGCCAGUAUAUCCAGACUUUAAGAUAUGGAAGUAUCCUUGUGCCCAAGUUAUUUUUGAUUCUGAUCCUGCACCAACUGGUAGAUCUUUCCCAGCUCAGAUUGAAGAAAUGUCACAGGCAAUGAUACGAGGUGUCAUGGAUGAGAGUGGAGAGCAGUUUGUAGCAUACUUUUUGCCUACUCAAGAAACUCUAGAGAAAAGGCGCAAAGAUUUUACAAAUUGUGUUGAAUAUGAGGAUGAAGAAGAGUAUGAUUACAAAAUGGCUCGUGAAUACAAUUGGAAUGUGAAAAGCAAAGCAUCCAAAGGUUAUGAAGAAAACUACUUCCUUGUUGUACGUGAGGAUGGUGUUUAUUAUAAUGAACUAGAAACGAGAGUUAGACUCAGUAAGCGGCGUCAAAAAGUGGGACAACAGCCGAAUAAUACAAGAUUGAUUGUACGUCAUCGCCCAUUGAAAGCUCAAGAAUAUCGUAUGCAGAGGUACAGGGAGCGUCAGCUUGAACCUCCUGGUGAGGAGGAGGAAGAAGAAGAAGAUGAAGAGGAUGAGGAAGAGGAGGAAGAAACACAGGAACAGCAGCAGCAAGAAGAUGGGGAAGAAACACAACAGGAUGAUAAAACAGAACAGAGAGAAGAAGAUGGCGAAGCUGAUGGGGAGGACUCUGAUGGUGAAAAGGCAACAGAGGAUGGUGAGACACAGAAUGGCGAAGCUGCAGAGGAAGAUGAUGACCAGGAGAACAGUGGAAAUGACAGUGCUAUUGCCAGUGAGAGCGAGAAGGAAGGAAGUGACAAAGAUGAGAGUGACAAGGAAGCAAGUGAUAAGGAUGGUAGUGAUAAAGAAGCAAGUGAGAGGGAUGAUAGUGAUAAAGAGGCAAGUGACAGGGAAGCUAGUGACAGGGAAGUGAGUGAUAAAGAAGAGAGCCAAGAAGAAAAUGAGGAAGAAGGCGAAGAGGCAGAGGGUGAAAGACAAGAAACAGAGAUGGAAGUAGAAGGAGAGGAAGAAGAAACAGGCACAGAGAAAGAGGCAGAAGAAGACCAAGAGGCUGCAGCUAGUGCCAAGGAAGAUGGCAGAAGUGACAGUGAGGAAGAGGGCAGUGCUAGUGAAGGGAGCACAUCAUCAGGAAGUAACAAAUCACAGUCAGGCAGUGGAAGCGGAAGUGGAAGUGGUAGUGAUAGCAGUAGCGCCAGUGACAGUGAUAGCGGUGUGUGAUAUUUCAUUUUUUGUUGCUUGCGAUGUAAAUAUUUGUUUUAUAGAUUGUCAUUGUGUGUGAGUAUAUACACUGUGUAAAUCUGAUCAUGAAUGACAGUUCUGUAAUGAAAUAGCCACUAAUUCUCUUAUAUUUUGUGAUUUAUUGUAAUAAAUAGUGAACUUGAUAUUCACUUUGACGAGAAGGAAAUGCUUUCCAGGUGGUUAUACCUGUCAUGUUAUGUUCUUUGACCAGAAUAUAAUAAAAUCCAUGUUCAUUGAA